UUGGAGCUUCAGCUUCAACAUCCACCAAACUUCUUCACUUUUGUUACUUCCCAUCGACCAACUCAUCACACAUCAUGUCUUUCCUACGAUCAGCAUCCCUUCUACGCUCGGCAGCUCGCCCAGCAGCUGUCCGUCCAGCAUUCUUUGCACGCCCUCAGGUCCGCUUUGCUACACAGGACUACGGCUCCGGCGAAGGCAACCCAGCUGGCGAGAAGCCGCAGCAACAAGGACAGAACCCUAGCGAGAACAUUGAGCACCCUGGCCCACCACCACCCAAAGUCGCUCGCGGGCAGUCUUCUUCGUCGCCCAAUGAAGACUCCAGCUCAUCGUCCGGCAAAUCAUCGUCCGAAUCGAAGCCAUCAGAGCAGAGCCAGUCGAACGACAGAACCGCGAAGACCGGCGGAGGCGACGGUAAGUCAGUCAACGGUGCCCAGCCCAAGAUUCUGAACGCAAACCCCCCUGCGACGGACAGCGAGGAGGUGAAGCAGCACAACAAGGAGAUGGAUCAGAGGGCUGAGAAGGCGCAUGAGCAGGUCAGUAACGAGGACGCGGAGAAGGACAAGGUACCAAAGAGCUUUUGGGCUGGACAAGGCGGACGGGACCGUGAACCGUAAAGAAGCUCGUUGGGCACGUCUAAGACCUAAGAAUCAAUGGCACUGUACGA